UAACAUGAUAUUUUUUGUUUGGCCAGCAGUUUGGAUUCUGAAGUGAAUCUCUAUUUAAUCUUAACCCACCAUCAUCUCUUGCUGGAUUUUAGCAAAACUGUUGUUAAUCGUGGGCUAAUUAACUUAUAUAGUUAUAAUACAACUGGAUUUGUGCAGUCUGAAAAUAUGAGCCUUGGUGGUAGCUUUUUAGGGUUACAACCCUAUCUCAACCAAACACAUAGUCCUCCUCAACCUGCCAGUUCCCCACCCCCUUUCCCCAUCUCUGGCUGCUAUUGUGCUUAGCCACUAUACAGUGUGACACUAUUGCUGGUAAAUGGAAGCAGCAUGGUUUGCACAGAAACUCCCCUGACAAUGUUUGCAGUGUCCUUGAGCUGCACGUGGUUCAGUGGGAAGGUGCUAAAUGAAUGCAACUGGAAGAGAGACAGAGAAAGGACACGAGGGAAAGAGAAGAUUGGGGCGGGGCGGGGAGAUCCUAUUGAUCUUUUUUCUUUUUUUUCAAUCUAAUACAGAUAGAGAUCUUUUUUCUUUUUUUCAAUCUAAUACAGAUAGAGAAGACAUUUGGUUGGGAUGCUCAUUUUCACGGUGCUUUGUAGAGGUCCUGGCAGCUGCUGAGGAAUGUGUCUAAUUCCCGAGGGGAGUAGAAGAAAGAGAGACAGAAGGUGGAUGAAAAAGCUUGGGAGGUAGAGGGAGAAGGAGGAAUGGGAGGGAGGGAGGGAGUGAGGGAGUGAGAGGGUGCAUGUCUGUGAGUGUGUGAAAGAGAGGGAGACGAGCAAGACUACGCCUCUCACCCUCCCCUCCCAGGCUGCUGGCUCAGACGGCGGAGAGCAGCCAGGUGGAGGCGGCUGGAUGGAGGCUCAGGGAGAAACCAACACCCCCGAGUCAGAAAAAUGGCAGAAUUCCCCGAAGUUUUAUGGAAGAAGCCCAGAUGUUGGGGGAAAGCCUCUGGGAGAGCCUGUCAGAGGCUUACAGAACCUUCUGAAGUCCUCCAGCUCAGCCAGCCUUACGUCAGAAGUAUCCCAGUGUGCAACGGGAGAGCAGGCCAGCACUCCAGGGCACCACCCAGGUCACCUGUUGACCAGUGAGAGGAGACAACCCCUCAGCAGUGUAUCAUCUCUGGAAGUGCACUUCGAUCUCCUGGACCUGACUGAGCUCACAGACAUGUCUGACCAGGAGCUGGGGGAGGUCUUUGCCGAUUCAGACGAAGAGAACCAUAAUGAAUCUCCAGCAAAUCCACAGCAUCCCCCGCUGGCUCGGUUUGCCCACGCGGGCUACGUGCGCUCUCCGUCCUGGACCCGUGGAGGUCGGGGCGAGCAACCCAAAGACAGGAAGCACCACAGCGACUCCGACAGCACCGAACCUCUUCUGAAGAUGGAGCGAUCUCUGUCCCAGCAGCCCUGACGAGUCGACGCCCGUGGGGAACCCGUCCGCUUGCAGGAGCGCAGCCGCUGCUCACUCACGGAGGGACGCACACACAGGGAGAUUCAACACACACAGAGCCCUGUCUGGGACUGAGACAGAGAACCAGAAGGCCAGAUAGACAGAGAGUGUAUGAGAGA